GUCUCCGGAAUCCCCAGGCCUGGAGGGGGGUCUGCGCGCGGCCGGCUGGGCUCUGCUCGCUCCCCGUCCGGUCCCGAGCGGGGCCUCCCUCGGGCCAGCCCGAUGUGACCGGGGUCCAGCGGAGCCUGAGCAAGGAGCGGGUCCGUCGCGGAGCCGGAGGGCGGGAGGAACAUGACAUCGCGGAGAUGGUUUCACCCAAAUAUCACUGGUGUGGAGGCAGAAAACCUACUGUUGACAAGAGGAGUUGAUGGCAGCUUUUUGGCCAGGCCCAGCAAAAGCAACCCUGGAGACUUCACCCUUUCCGUCAGAAGAAAUGGAGCUGUCACCCACAUCAAGAUUCAGAACACUGGCGAUUACUAUGACCUGUAUGGAGGGGAGAAGUUUGCCACUUUGGCUGAGCUGGUGCAGUAUUACAUGGAACAUCACGGGCAACUGAAAGAGAAGAAUGGAGACGUGAUUGAGCUCAAAUAUCCUCUGAACUGUGCCGAUCCUACCUCUGAGAGGUGGUUUCAUGGACACCUCUCUGGGAAAGAAGCAGAGAAAUUACUGACCGAAAAGGGAAAGCAUGGCAGCUUCCUCGUACGAGAGAGCCAGAGCCACCCUGGAGAUUUCGUCCUCUCUGUCCGCACUGGCGAUGACAAAGUGGAGAGCAAUGAUGGCAAGUCCAAGGUGACCCACGUCAUGAUUCGCUGUCAGGAACUGAAGUACGAUGUUGGUGGAGGAGAGCGCUUUGAUUCUCUGACAGAUCUGGUGGAGCACUACAAGAAGAACCCCAUGGUUGAAACUCUGGGCACUGUGCUACAACUUAAGCAGCCUCUCAAUACAACUCGUAUUAAUGCUGCUGAAAUAGAAAGCCGGGUUCGAGAACUAAGCAAACUAGCUGAGACCACAGAUAAGGUCAAGCAAGGCUUUUGGGAAGAAUUUGAGACUCUACAGCAACAGGAGUGCAAACUCCUUUACAGCCGGAAAGAGGGUCAGAGGCAAGAAAAUAAGAACAAGAAUAGAUAUAAAAACAUCCUGCCCUUUGAUCACACCAGGGUCGUGCUCCACGACGGGGACCCCAAUGAGCCAGCCUCGGAUUACAUCAACGCAAACAUCAUCAUGCCUGAAUUUGAAACCAAGUGCAACAAUUCAAAGCCGAAGAAGAGUUACAUUGCCACCCAGGGCUGCCUGCAGAACACAGUGAAUGACUUCUGGCGGAUGGUGUUCCAAGAGAACUCGCGUGUGAUCGUCAUGACAACGAAAGAGGUGGAGCGAGGGAAGAGUAAAUGUGUCAAAUACUGGCCUGAUGAGUACGCCCUAAAAGAAUACGGAGUGAUGCGUGUUAGAAACGUCAAGGAAAGCGCUGCUCAUGACUAUACCUUACGAGAACUUAAACUUUCAAAGGUUGGACAAGCUCUACUCCAGGGGAAUACAGAGAGAACGGUCUGGCAGUACCACUUUCGGACCUGGCCUGACCACGGCGUGCCCAGUGAUCCUGGAGGCGUGCUGGACUUCCUGGAGGAGGUCCACCACAAGCAGGAGAGCAUCAUGGACGCAGGCCCGGUUGUGGUCCACUGCAGUGCUGGAAUUGGCCGCACCGGGACGUUCAUUGUGAUUGAUAUCCUCAUUGACAUCAUCAGAGAGAAAGGUGUCGACUGUGACAUUGACGUGCCCAAGACCAUUCAGAUGGUGCGGUCCCAGAGGUCAGGGAUGGUCCAGACGGAAGCCCAGUACCGCUUUAUCUACAUGGCUGUCCAGCACUACAUUGAAACACUACAGCGCAGGAUCGAGGAGGAGCAGAAAAGCAAGAGGAAAGGGCAUGAAUACACCAAUAUUAAGUAUUCCCUAGCGGACCAGACAAGUGGAGAUCAGAGUCCCCUUCCGCCUUGCACCCCAACGCCACCGUGUGCAGAGAUGCGAGAAGAUAACGCCAGAGUCUACGAGAAUGUGGGGCUGAUGCAGCAGCAGAAAAGCUUCCGGUGAGAGGAGGCACCUGACUUCAGCACAGGACUCGCUAUAAAGGGAUUAAACAUCCUUACUUCUCCCCAGAUGUCAACUUUUGCCGUCUCCCUGAAAAGAUCCAGAGCAGUCACAAGAAAGUUGACAUGAAGAAUGAAUUCGAAUUGGCAAGGCCUGCGUUAACUGUGGCUGACUGCCUUUGGAGAAGCAAAAUUUGAAACCAUUUGAAGACCACUGUAUUCUAACUCCACAGUUCAUUUCCUCAGAUAAGAAGAAACCAUCUCUACAAUGUAGAUGUUGUGACAUUUUCUAGAAUUUCGUUUUAAAUUGAGGAAGCAGUUCAGCUGUGCUCUGUAUUUUGCAGGUUUAUAUGGGGAUUCAAGUUCUAGUUAUGGGUGGUUUUGUAAUUGCAUUUUUUCUUUUUAUAACCCUAUGUUGUUUUGUUUUCCUCUUGGUGGAGCACAUUAGGGUGCUUGUAAGCAGAAGUAGUUUGGGAAGACUAGGUCACAACUUCUUUGAGAGAGGAGGACAGUUUCCUUGACCGUCGCUACUAUGUGAGUCAGUUUUGUGUCACUCGGAUGGAAUCCUGCAGACGGGGUGAUUUGUCAUGAACUGAGACCAGGAAGUUGGAGAUCGACGGCCUACAGGUGAGGGCCUGUUUAUACCAGAACACAACGGAAGCCGUCACCUGCCGGAAGAGGGCCAGAGAGGACCGAGGGUGCUCCUUCCAACAGGACCCACUCUCAGAAGAACAAACCCACCCCCAUUUGCUUAGAGGGGGCAGAGCCCUCACGGCCUAGGCCCAAGGUCCUCAUUGUCAGCACUGUUGCACUGGGGAUUCGGUUUCCGGCACGUGAACUCUGGGGGACUUUGUCAAACAGUAGCUGUGAUCCACUGGGCGAUGCUUUUUUUUUGGGGGGGAUGAAUUAGGCCAUCAGCUGAGAUAGAAUUUGACCAUCUCCCUUUGCACUAUCCUUGAUUAAUAUUGGGGAAAAUCAUGGGAAUGCAUGAAUUAGGGUAAGAGCUGUCUUUCUCUUCUUGACCUACAACCAGUGACCAUUCAGCUGCUGACUGCGAAGGUUGUGGUGGGCCAUAUUUUCUUUGCAUUUGAGCGAUUGUCUUGUGUUUAGGAAGAAAAGACAUCCAUGGAUGACUAGCAUUUUGGUUAUCCAAUAUGGCUGACAAACUGCUACCCUUAAACGUAGUGGCUUGAUACAGCACUGUCCCCUCCCCACAGUCCUAGCGAUUGUUCAACUGAUCUUGCAGGUGGCUGGCUACUCCUAUGAGUGUCGAGUGGGCUGAGACCCGUGGCUGACUAGGCCACUCUCCGCAUGCAGUCCCCCUCGGGACCUCGCCAGCAGGGCAGCUAGACCUCUCCCAUGGCAGCUCCGAGCUCCCAAGGGUUCCACAGCAGAAGCAGCACCCAAGUCUUCGUGGGACCUCAGCUCAGAACUGCCACCACAUCUUCCCCCUCCGUGCAGGCUGACUGACGACUGAGGGCCCCCUGCCACAGGUCCAUGGCCAACCUCGCAGUGGAGGGCUCUGUUGGCAGCCACCAGUCUUUCCAACCCUCCUGAGCAGUGGCCAUGGAAACCCCAAGCGUGGUUGGCAGAGGCCACAGCUGCUGACACUGCUGUUCCCUGAGCUGCAAGUCAAAGUGAAAAAGAGAGGGCCUUUGAGAAACUUCCUGAGCCAGUUCUGGCAGCUUUGAGCCCAUUUCCUGAAGUUUCACUUGGACAAGCAGGUGUCCUAAGCCCCGAUGUAUGUAAGGGGACGGACCCCACGAGAGUAGAGCCAUCCUUUGGGAGAGCAUGAGCUGCUAUUGGGGCCAGUAGUUUUGGGUCAGGCCUUACACGUGCACACGUGUAGAUGGGCUGUGGGGAGAAGGGGCUCAGCCCUAGGGAGGCCUCCCAUCACACUGGCUGAGCUCAGUUGGGUUUGAACCAAGCAGUGAGAUUUGCUGAUGUUCUACCUUAAGUGCCUUCUCCAAAGACAUCCCCUUCGGCCUGAAGCCUCAGUGUCUCAGUGACAGUCUCCUGGGUAACCAUGAGGAAGCGCCAUGGCCCCUUGUGCCCGGAAGUCCUGGCCUCCUGACCCAGAUGCUUCUUGCUUUGGCUCCUGACAGGAAGGACUCAUGGUCCAGUUCCAGAAGUGCUCCCUUCUGGAGGUCUUUCAUUCCCUGGGAACCCCGAGACGGUUGAGCAGUGCAGUGGCCACCGCCAAAGCGUUCCUUCCCCCUCUCCUCCCCAUGACCUUUAACAUUGCUUCUGAAUACAGGUGUGGGCUGAAGGUGUUACUUAUUAGGAGAUGUAAUGACUGUGGUCUCAUCAAGCCUGUGAAGAGAGGGAUUCCAGCUCAGUGUCUGCGACCAGGGUCUUGAGUCUUGUUCUUUCCCUGGCAGUGUUACAUGGAAUUGUUCUCUAUUUUGCUUGGAUUUUCUGGCUGUGUUCUGAUUCUGGGCUUUGGGGGUGUAGUGGGAGGUGGGGAACAAAGGCUUUCACCAGCAUACAAGAGUCUGAUUGUACAGAAACACCUGCCAUAUUAAUGUUUCCGCCUGUAGCUCAAGAUGAGCUGUUUUUGCCCUCGGAACAGAAAUACCUGAUCUUGGCUAGCUUAAUCUGUUGGUUUUCAUUUGCAUUUCCCUCUGCAAAGUCAGAAAACUAUCCUGUUGUUUUGUCAACUUAGGCCAAGACUAGAUUCCUCCUAGUCUCUUGGUGGCUGAGGCUCACGGCGUGUUUGAUAAAAGGUGAUGGUGGGUUCUCAGGGGAGGGUGCUGUGUGUGGGGUGGAAUUGGACAGAGGGGCUGAGGUAUGGGGAAGCUCAGACAGGUUAGAAGGUGGAAACGAAAGUUCUGAAGAAGCGGUUUCUGAGCAAGUCAGGUGGUCCAGGGCCAGAGCAGUCCGUCACCAGUUGCCUCAGCUGACUUGGAAGGCAGCUGUGAGAGCCCCGCACUUGCAGCCUGCUGUUAGAGGUGCAGUGUGGACAGCAGGCCAGAGCCGGAAGUGCAUUUGACAAUUGUAAGCAUAGGCGUUUAUAUUCAAAGGGAAGACACGAUCUGACGCAUGAAAAAGGCCAACUGCCAGUGUCUUGAUAGCUCUUUUUUUUUUUUUUUUUAAAGAAGUGUCAAAGGAUACUUCUAGUCCAGUGCGUGACCUGCUUCGGAGGUCACAUCUCCCGUUGCCACCAGUGACUUCUCAAACCUGGCCACACAGGAAGGCGGAGGCGCGUGGUGGCCCACCUGGAGACCCAGCUGGCUUUGCACAACCCAGUGGCUUCGGAACAGCCAAGCAAACAGUCCCGAUUGCUUGUAGCAGCCGUUUCACUGGGGAUCUUAAGAACUGAUCUAACAGCCUGGGUUAUUUCUAGUAUGGGGGGGGGGGAUGAGGGUGUGGGAGAGUAUGGGGUUGGGAAGUGUUUAGUUGUAGAGUAGUAAUCCUUAAGGGGACUUAGCCUGCAGGCAAGAAGGCACACCAACAUUGCUGCGUUCCCCCAGUUGCUGGGGGAGAGAGUUUGACACAGCAAGCACAGGGCCGCCCUGGCAUCAAGAUGCCUUUAUUAGGAAGUGGAUCAGCCCUUCAUUUUGUGGAAAUCUUUCUCCUUCUUCCUCUUGAAAACUAAGUUCUGAAAUAGAGUUUAUUGUAUCCUCCAUUACUUAAAAAGAUCGCUCUUUCUCACUAGGGGCAGUUCACAUAGGCAAGAAUAGUCCACAGUUGGUUUUAAUGUUACAUCACUUUGCCAUCUAUUAAACUAAUUUCUACAAGUUUUUUUUUUUUCCAUCCUAAACCACAAAUCAUGUAAUUAAUCAUUUGCCUGUUUAUUUAUGAACUAAUUGUGAUUCUUUUAUUAAUAAAAGCUAAUGGAAAAGGAUCCUUUAUUAAGCUGAUGACUAGACCCAUUAUUAAUUUUCCUGCAGCAUUAUGAAGAAGUAUUGUACCAGAGUAUUAAAAAAGAUAUGUAAUAUUUUAUUGAUAAAUCUAUCCUUUAAAAGGAGAACGUUUUAGGAUGCCAUCAUUUUGAUGUGAAUCAUGUAAAUGUUGAUAAUAUGUUGUUUAUUAUACAUUUAGUGGUCCAAGAGACCCAGCCAUUGCCUUUUUGCCCACUUAUAUCAUGGAGUCUAUUUGCAAUUGUUUUUUUUUUUAAACAGUGACAUUAAAAGAAUAGUUUAUGUAGAGAAACAUUAGUGAUGUUAAUUGUCUCCCCACCUGUAUUUAUGGGUGUUAGUUCAACUGCUUUGCUAGUUUCAAAGCUGUAUUAUCAGAGUAUAAGUGUAUUUGUAAACUGUAUGGGAACUAAAAGUUAGGAAUAAAACCAUUUUCUUA